AUGCUGACAAUGGCCGUUCCUGCUCCUUCGAUCUAUGAAAACGAAACCGUUGAUCUCAUACGUUGGCUUUAUUGCACGAUCGUGUAUUAUACAUUACAAAUUACUUGUCUUCUUACUGCCUUUCUCAAUGUUCAACAAUAUAAGCAUCCAGAUCAACAAGAGACUGUUUCAACAACAACAACAACAACAACAACAACAACGACAUCAUCGUCGACAACGCCCGCUGGCAUGAAUGUUAUGGGCCAAUUGUUUGAUAAAGCCAAACGUGCUAUUGUCAUGAGAACUACUACAAGCGAAAAAUCUCACCAAGAUCAUCAACAACACAUUCAACAUCCGACAAUACCAUCGAAUUCGUCGAAAUCGAUAUUACCCAUUCGAAUCCAGGAACUCGAAGCGAAAAUUGAAAGUCGUCCAACAAUUAUCGAUGAGAAAAGUUCAGCUGUGUUAAAAUAUCGCACACCACAUUUUCGGGCAACAGCAACAGUAAAAUUUCCUCCAUUAGCCGAAGGUGAACAUUGGAAAAUUGGCUGGAUUCAAUCAUGUACUCGUAUGGACUUCUUCAAUUCAUACGGUGAUUGUGGUUACUCCAGUUGGGAAUUUCCUCAACUCGUGUCUGGUCAAAAUCCAAUGAUCUCGGAUUCCGAUGGACGUAAUUAUCCAUUCUACGGUUCGAAAUCUGAAGUUAUUGAAAUUCAAGGACCUUGUACAGAUUACACAACAUUAAAAGUACUUAUGAACGAUAAUUUUUAUCCUCAUAUAACAUGGGAUAUUCCUACAAUGGCAAUGAAUGCACGUAACGGUUCGAUUCUCGUACUGAAAACGAUAAGUUGGCAAAUGAAUCUUGAGAUCAAUGUGGAUCCCAGCAAACCUCAAGGUUCACGCGCUGUACUUGUUUCCGAUCCAAUGCCUGUUCAACCCGAAGUCCUCAAACAAAAUAUUCGAAUACCAACAUGUGUACUUUAUCCACCAAACGCUAAUAGUGCACAAAUACUUGUUUGGCAUCCAGGUUGUCGCCUCCACGAAACAAGUAAACGACCUGAAAUCGUCGUUCCACCGAGAUGCAUGUUUGUUCUACUACAAAAUCCAUUCUAUUCCAAUCAUAUUCGACACAAAACACAUACUUCGGUUCAAAAUAAAUUAAACGGUGGAAGUUCGUCAUCAUCAUCAUCAUCAUCGUCGUCAUCAUCUUCAUCACCAUCAUCUUCACCAACAUCAUCUCCGUCAACAUCAUCAUCUUCUUCACCGUCGCCAACAUCUACAGCUUCCUCGUCAUCAACAUCAGACACUAGGACCAAUAUGCCUCAAACAUUAACAAAUAAACCCUAUUCUCGUGUUAUAUUUCCACAAGUUCCUCCUCCAUUAUCACCAACAUCGGCAUGUUCUAUACCGCCUGGUAAUCGUUGUUAUAAUGGCAUGAAACAGAUCCUACACAACCAUGCAAGACUUGCUCAGGGUGUUAUGGUUCGCUAG